AUGCCCCCAAGGAUUCGCUCACCCACUCCGUCCGAAGACGAGCAAGACCAGCUCGACUCUGGCUCCGACUCGGGCACCCCCACCACCUCCAUCGCUCACGCUCCCGUAGCCUCGUCGUCGACCGCGCGCGCAGGUGCGGGUGCUACGAGCAUCAGGAUCAAGCCGCCUCAGCAGGGCGGACCGGCGACAGGAGCUGGCGGGGCGCGCGCGAGCAGGGGAAAGAAGCGGAGCUACGCUGAUGACGACGAGGACGACGAGGACACGAUGGACGUUGACGAGGAGGGAGAUGCGUACGAGGACGAAGAGGAGGAGGAAGACGAGCUCGAGGACGACGAGGAGGAUUGGUCACCGUCGGGUUCAGGGACUGCAACUCCCGCCAAAGGCUCGCGCUCGUCCGCCCGCGCUGCAGCCGCCGCGACGAGGAGGCCACCGAAACCGUCUGCACCUAAAGGUGGCGCGGCAGCUUCUGCGGGACGACGGCGCUCAUCUGCCGCGAACGCCUCUCCCUCGACUUCGGCGACGGCAACACCCGCUCCGACACCCGGACCGGCAGCGGCGGGCGGCGCGCUCUCUGGCAUGAAGAUCAAGUUCAAACUGGGAGCUGGCGGAGGGGCGGAAUCGGCUCAGGCAGGAAGCAGCGCGGCGACGCCUGUCGAGGCCAGCUCUCCGGCGAGCUCUGUUGCUGGCGGAGCGCGAGGCAAGGCUACGGGUGGCAGUGCUGCAGCGAAGGGAAAGGGAAAGGGCAAGGGGAAAGGGAAGAAGAAGGCUGAAUCCGACGAAUCCGACGCCUCUCUCGAACUCUCAGACGACGACGACCUCCCCUCCUCGCGAUUCUCAACCUCCGCGCUCUCAGGCUCCGACUCUAACGCCGGUGAAUUCGACGAGCUCGCUUCGGACGGCGGCGAAGUUUUCGACGACGGCUUCUCUGACUCUGGCUCAGAGCGGAGUGGGAGCACGAGUACCGCAGGAGAUCCGUAUGGCGGGAGGAAGACAGCGAGGCAGAGGGCGAAGGAGAUGGGAGGGGACGAGGCGCUCGAGCUAAUGAGCUUGCCGAACGUCGUCAGCAAGGCGCCGCCGCCUGUUCGUACCGAAGCCGAGAUCGCCCUUGCGCGCGCCGAAAAGUCUCGUCGCCGCAAGUCACAAGCCGACAAGAAGCUCGAGGAUGAGAAAACCGAGACGAUCAACCGCCUGCUCAACAAGCAGGUCGGUCGCACGUCGAGCUCUUCAGGGCGCGGCAAGCGCGGAGGCGGGCGAGGCGGUGGCCGGUCCCGCUCGAAACUUAACAAGUCGGUCACGGCUGAUGGCGUCGAGUCGGGCGAUGAGGAGGCUGUUGCGGCAGUCGCAACAGCAGGUGCAGCUGAAGCGGCUGAGCUUGCGAACCAGCGGAACGUCAAGCCUACCAUUGCAAGGUGGAUCUCCAGCAUCAAGCCUGAAGCAGAUCAAGGCGAAGGCGUCUUCCGCCUGUCGUACAGCGUUCCCGAAGGACGCGACUUUGCAGUCCCGCCUACAUCUGCACCUCAGGCGGUUACAGCACAGCAUGAGGCGAAGAAGCCGAAGACGAGGCGGUUCGGAGCGGAGGAGCGCGAGGCGAACAGGCGGGCGAACGAGGAUGGGUGGAGGAAGAUCCUGCUUGGGGCGGCGUAG